AUGCCACCCCAUCAAGUCUUCAUCAUCGUUCGCCCACCCCCUUCAAAAGGCGUAGAUAUGAGGAACCUACAGAUCCAACUCGUCAAUACCACACGAACCAACACUGCGCAUCCGAGUCAGGCCAAAGCAGGUGCGCCGACCCCACCCCCACAUGCUCUUGGCAAAGAGACGGAAGGUCACUUGGGAACGGAUGAAGGCGUCGGAUCCGAAGGACGUGGUCAAGGGAGUGGUGGGUCCUCAGCACAUCCAAGACCUUGGAUCACGAGCGGUACAGCGUCUACUUCGACAUUGGGAGCCAAGUCGUUCGAUGCCGUAGCGGGAGCGACGAUCGAUUCCCACGACGGACCCAUCGAAUCGGGGCCGAACGAGAUCGAUCCUUCUAGUCCGCAUCUCACGGCACCUAGUACAGCUCCAAGACCGCGUCAUCCGGGUUCAACAGAGAUGAUUCGAAGUACGUCUUGGCAAUCCGACAAAUCCUCUUCGAGUGCGAUCUCAACCAAGAGUUCGCUGUCUUCUUCCAUUCGCUCGACGGGGACGGGGUACUCAAUUGGUGGGUCGAGUGUAGGGCCCAAGGGCAGUGGAGGUGGCGGUGGCAGUGGGAGGGAUAGAAGGGGCAGAGGUAGUAAGAGACGGGUUACGCCCUUGUACAAUUUGACUUUUCAUGCGUUGUUGCAGACCGUUGUCACGGAUGCGGGUGAGUUGCCGAAUGACGGGGGCUUCGUUUCGAAAUCGGUGUGACUCGGACGAGCUGACACGAACUGGUGUGAACAGGAACGGACGAGAAGAUUGCCAAGUUUUCGAAAAAGGGCACGAUCGAGAUGAUGGAUUUCGCAUUCUUUGAACCACUCGACCUAAGAGCACCUCCGACCAUCUCAACAUCGUCGACUUCGUUGUCGACGGUGACUUCUCCUUUGGCAUUGAUGCGAUCAAGAGUCGCGGAGCAGUCGACGAAUGGCGGGCAAUCACCGGGAGGUUUGUUGUCAAAACUCAAAAAACUGGGGAUGGGCAAAGCGGCGAUGAAAGGGAAUGGAGGCGGAAGUACCGGAGGAAUGACAGCUUCGACAUCGUCAGGACGACUUUCCAUCAAUGAACCUCGUCCUAGUCUCGCCCUACCCGACCAAAACAUCACUGUCGUGUCACCUCCUCGAAAACUAGCAAGAGGGCAUGCAUUCACCCUAACCAAAUUCCUGAGGAACGAUCUCGUCGAAGCAAGACAUUUGAUAGGGAUGAAUGUGCGAUUCGAAUGGAAGCGCAUGGAGAAGAAGCGCUCGACAGGGACCAGGAAUCAAAGUCGGUUCAAGAGUCCAAGGAAGGAGGGUUCGGACAGGACGGUGAGGAAGGAUGAGGAGGGGGGGUUGGAAGUGUCGCUUGAGGAGAAGGGAAGUAGGAGAGCCUCGGAGGGGGAGGGUUUGGGGUCGGACGUUUCGAUUGGGUCCGAGAGAACGUCGGGGGAACUGGAUCGAGCCGCAAUGGGUCUUGAGGGGACUCGACUUUCGUCCGCGGGCUCGGCGGACGAAGCUCUGGCGGAGCAAGGCGAUGACGAGGACAUGGAGGAAGAAGAAGAUUCCGACCUCGAGGAUUCUGAUCGACCCUGGUCUUGCACACUCUACAUCACCCAAACCAACGCACCACAAUCUCCCUCUACAUCCUCCUCCGAACCCUGGUCCCUUCCCCUCGCGCACCUCAUCCCAGCACCCUACCACCCUCGCCUCGUAGCGAACCUUUCUUUCUCGCCGACACUUUCGGAUGUGAGAUUGGGAAAUGGGGCGGGGAUCAGUGAGGAGGAAUUGAAAGAUGUUGUAAGUGUGACGGCGUUGUGGGUUGUCGCGAAGGAUGGACUGGGGGGACGGGCUGGGGGUGGGGGUGGGCGCCUGAAGGUUGUGAAUGGGAAAGGGAAGGGGAGGAAAGGGUCUUUCGGAGGGGGGUAA